AUGAAUGCACGAGUGAUAGGUCAAGCAUUGGGACCCCCUGCAAAUGGUGAUAGCUUUCCGAAAUUAGAUCCGAAGAAGCAUCGUAACCUCAUAGAUACCUUUGAAGGCAGAACCCAAAAAGAGGUUAAGACCUAUGUUAUCAGAUGCUCGGUUACAACAGAAGUAGAAAAGGAGGAGUUCCGGCGCUACUUCAUAAUGUUUGUCAUGAAGGCCUUUCUCUUUGCUUCCAGUAAUAAGUAUAUUACCGACUCAUUCAUCCCGGGCGUGAUAGAUGUGCGUAAUCCAAUGAGAUUUUUUUGGGAUAGACACAUCUAUGACUGUGUUAAGGAGGGCUUAAGGAAAUAUAAGGAAGAUGGCAUAAGGACUAUUGAUGGAUGCAUGUUUGCUCUCUUGAUACUUUACUUGCAUACGAACAAACAUGGGGAUCUUAGGGGAUAUUCUGGUGGCGGUGAACCAUGGACUAAGGAAUGGACUGUUGUUGAGCUUAGAGAAGCAGUAAAGGAAGAACAAGUUCGGGAAUCGGUAUAGAUACAUAUGUACAUGUAUUUAAUUUUUUUACUAUGAACCUAGGCUUGAGAAUUAAUUAAUAUAUGUAAUAGGGUCUAAUUCGGAAGAUUGAUGAAUUACGAAAAUCCGAGAGAAAAAAGGGCAACGUCGAUGAACCACAAAGGAGAACACAUGAUAAGCGACGGGGUGCACAAGUUAGACCUCGAACUAAGGAGCGAACAAGAAAAAGGCCGAAAAAAAUUGUUGCCGAGUCAGAUGAGGAAGAAUUUCUCACCGAGGCUGACGUUAGCGA